GUCUCUUACUCGCACGUCAUGGACCCUCCUACUCCCAUUGCAUUUAGAUUUAACGACCUUCCAACUGAGCUCGCCCUCAUCGUCUUCAAGUAUGCGGCACAACCACUUUUUGCUCAAUAUGCGCCUUUCACCCGAGACCCAUACUCAUUCGCCCUCUCACUAUGCCAGAUCUCCAAAAUUGUCAGGCGCGCUGCGCUGCCUGCACUUUUGCACACAGUAUUAUUGUCGACAACUCACGACCUACUCGCUUUCGUACGGGCUCUGCGCAUGCAGAAAACAUAUAUGGAUCAACAACAUGCUCUAGCUUUUGAUUAUGCAUCUUGCGUGGACAGCAUAUCAAUCGGACACUUUCGGGGGCCUUUUGAAAACCCACCUAGUUUCUACUUUCCGAUUCCUAUACCCGAGCUUGAAGGCGAGAUCGAUAUCAGUCUGCUCGCUCCAGUCAUUCUCGGUGCAUCGUCCCUCGCAAUCAGCUUUCAGGAUCUAAAUCUUCUUUCAAAAUGCCUCAAACAUGCGUGUAACUCCAAUGUCGACCACAACAAUUCUUUGCUUCCUUGGAGCAUCACAAGUUUGACAUUAUUGGGUACGUUCUGUCACCCAUGGUCCCUCAUGGGGUCUGUCUAUGGAUAUGCUUUCCUCGCUUCCAUCCAACACCUCACCCUACUCGAGUACACAUCCUUCCGACAAGAAUGCCUGCCCUUCCAGUGCAACUGUCUUAGCAAAGUCAAAUUUAAAGACUGCUUAAGCUACAUGCAUCGCGCGCGCGUUCCUUUCAAAGGAUUGCAAACAUUUUCGUUGGCGAUUCCGCACAUCAAAAUCAUUCCGCACACCUAUUCCCAGCCGGUCGCUCAGUGUGCGCCCAAGGGUGUAUGGGUGAAGUUGGUCACGUUCCCUGCUUCCGUGCUACCAGACCCCUGUACACAAGAGGAAAUAGAGCAGUUUAUUAAGACCGGAGCGGAGUUUACUCCACAUGGAUUUCUACCAGCCAACGCCGUUCCAUAACCGCUUUCCAAAUCUUUGAGGCCUCACUGGCACGGGUGUCAGACAGACUAGUACGCAAUGGGUUGUAUUAUGGUCCAUAAUUUGAACAUAGUUGAAACUCUUAUGACGAUAGUACCUGCUCCGGCACGGGCUUGGUACCAAGCGACUUAUUCGUGUAGUCCUUGCCAUUGCAGAACGUUCAUCACGCUGCAUAACAGCCUGCUAGACUGAGUACUGGGCCUUCGCAACGUUCGCAUCGUCCUCUGCCAAGGCCCGACCUGUACUUUAUGUACCCUCCUCUUGUUGAUUUCUGGUAAGAAAUGGGAGCAAAUGGGAGCAAAAAGGCAGUUUGGUUUGCAACAGCAAGAAUUGCAUUGAAGUCAAG